AUGGUUCUACGACUUUUCCAUAUAGGAUUGCUCUUUUUGAGCUUAUCCCUAGUUUCUUCAACUGAUACUCAAGAGCUUCUAGGCGAUACAGAUGGCACAUGGAGCUAUUUCGGCUACCAAGGCUACGCAGGUGAAGUUACAAUGAAUGCAAUUACAGGCUCCUCCUAUUUCUAUUGGCUUUUCCAAGCAAUUAAAGGUAACAUCACAAAUCCUGCUGAUAAGUUACCUCUAAUAAUCUGGAUUCAAGGCGGUCCAGGUUGUUCUGGAGAAACUGGGAUGUUUUUCGAAAAUAUUGCCCCGUUCUAUAUUGAUAACAAUACAAAUCCCCAGAAAAAUCCUUAUACAUGGACUAAUAAUUACCAUGUUAUGACUAUUGACCAUCCUCUAGGGACUGGAUACUCAAUAGCUGGCGCUCCAUAUGAUAUGAAAAAUAUGGGUUGCAAUAAAAUACCCAGUGGGGUAAAUUAAGGUAAUUUUUUUUCAAUAAGCCUGAUCCCUGUUUUGGAUUUGACUUUAAAAUUUACAUGAAAAAAAAAUAUAUAUCUUUACUUUUUAAGAAAAAUAAUUAGUGGUGUUUUUCAUGGCUCCCCCGAAAAAUACCACAACUGGUUCAUCAAUCCAACUUUACAACUUUUUGGUCAAACUUGCCAACAAAUACCCAACCUGGUUUUCAAGAGACCUUUAUUUCUUUGGAGAAAGCUUUGGAGGACAUUGGAUCCCUGGCAUUGCCUAUCAGAUUGUGUCUAACAAUCGAAGCCCUAACCCUCCUUUUAAGUUCAACCUGAAAGGUGUAGGAAUUGGAGACCCAUGGACUGACCCUCCAAACCAAAGCCAAACUUAUGGAAGUUAUGCUUAUGCAACUGGGAUUAUUGACCAAGAAGAGCUUGGGAUUGUCCAGACUUAUGAAGACCAAGUUACUAGCGAUUUAAAUACUGGAAACUGAAAUGCAGCAUUAAACGACUGGGAAAUGUCUUACUCUCUUAUUGUUGACUAUGCUGGUGGCAUCAAUGUCUACAACAGCAGAGACUAUAACCCUAAUUACAAUAUGGGCCAAAUGCCAGCUUGGCUUAAUUUAGCCUCCACUAAGCAGAUGAUCCAUGUCCCUUCAUCUGUAGUAUGGACUGAGUGUAUAAAUUAAAUUAAUUAAGGAUCUUAGUUCAUUUAACGUCCAAUGCCACAUCAUCUAGACAGCCUUCAGUCCCCUUCUUAAAGAUUCCCUGCCAACCAAUCCUCAGAUUGGGACUGAGUGCAAUAACAAUAUUUAUAACGCCAUGACCCAAGACAUUAUGACCUCAGCUGCACCUUUAAUUCCAUAUCUCCUUGACUCCAUAAGAGUCCUCAUAUAUAACGGCCAAGACGACUUAAUCGUGAAUACCCCAUCCACUGAACAAAUGCUUGCGAACUUAAACUGGCCUUACAUCAGCAACUUUAUAAACUCAAAUAAAAUCAUUUGGAAUGUCAAUGGAAAUGUAGCAGGAUAUGCCCAAACUUAUAACAACUUGAGCUUCGUAGUAGUUUUGAAAUCUGGCCAUAUGGUUCCUCAUGAUCAGCCUGUAAAUGCAUUGAAUUUGGUGAACAGAUUUAUUAACAACCAAGGGUGGCAAUAA